AUGAAGAUUAUAUUUAUGGCUUCAGUGUUUCUCCUACAAACAUUACAGUGCAUGGCGUCAGAUGACUCAACAUUUCAAUUAACCAACAAAGCUACUGGAUUUUGUGUGGUCAAAACUGGUGUCACCUGUGAUGACGUACGAUGGACAACUGGUGGACGGCUGCUGGUCGAGGGGAAGAAUAGAUGCCUCGGAGUCCAGGGGAAAAGUGUGGGGAGUGAAGUACGCCUCUACGAUUGCGAUGAAAACAGUGAGCUCCAAAAAUGGGAAUGCAAGAAUGAAACGGUGCUCGCUCUCCAAGGCCAGGAGCUUUAUGUUGAGCCCAACGCAGACGGCCCAGCUGUACUCUCAAAAACGAUUGGACCCAACAGCCACCUCACAAUUUCAGGAACGUCGAGCGGAGCCUGUACAAGAACUUACAGAGAACUUUACACUAUUGAAGGAAAUGCAGCUGGAAGGAUGUGCAUGUUUCCUUUUAUGUACAAAAACCAGUGGUACUCAAGCUGCACGCAGACUGACUCCCCAGACGGGCGUCUUUGGUGUGCGGUCGAAACAAAGUAUGAACACGAGACCUGGGGCUACUGCCCAACAAACACAAAGGAAAACUGGAACAAACACCCAACAAGUGGAGCAGUUUACCAGCUGAACACACAGUCAGCUCUGACAUGGCGGCAGGCUGAAACCAGCUGUAAGCAGCAGGGAGCCUCCCUGCUCAGUAUCACUGAUCCGCACCAGCAGGCCUAUGUCACAGCACUGUUGGAGGUGAAAGGGGACAAUCAAGGAUACAGACUUUGGACUGGGCUGACUCUGGAUUCAGAACAUGGCUGGAAGUGGACCAAUGGGAACCCUUUCCGUUACUUGAAUUGGGACUCAGGUCAUCCACUUUCAUAUCCAGGACAUGUUUGUGGGAAUAUUGAUGGGUCUGUGAGGUUCUCCUGGCAAAGUUCAACAUGUGACAAGAAACUGGGCUACAUCUGCUACAGUAAAGGAGUAUUGCCUUCUCCCACUGAGGGUGUAAACACAGGAUUCUGCUCAGCGCCAUGGAUUCCAUACAACGGUCACUGCUUCCACCUUUAUCGUACGGAGAAAACAUGGUCUGAUGCUCGGUCAGCAUGCCGUAAAGAAGGUGGAGAUCUCACAAGCAUCCGCAACGUGGAGGACCAAAGCUUUGUCAUCUCUCAGCUUGGCUACGCUUCCACAGACGAGCUUUGGAUUGGAUUCAAUGACAAGAAGACAGAAGGCCUGUUUGACUGGACUGACCAGUCCACAGUCAGCUUCACCAGCUGGGAGUUUGGGAAACCAGCUGCCAAUCCAGGACAAGAAGACUGUGUUCUUAUCAGGGGCGAGAGUGGAAACUGGGCUGAUCGUGACUGCAGGGAGAAACAUGGCUUCAUUUGUAUGAAAACAAGUUCUCCAGAACCCUCUGGAGAUGAAGUGGAAGAAAACGCAGGCUGCAGGACUGGCUGGAAAAGAUAUGGCUCCUACUGCUACUUUACUGGGACUGAGACCAAAACGUUUGAUGAAGCAAAAGACGACUGCAAGAGCUCAGAUUCCUACAUGGCUGAUGUUUCAUCCAGGAAGGAUAAUGCCUUCCUUAUCAGCUUGGUGGGUCUGAGACCAGAGAAACAUUUUUGGUUGGGGCUCUCAAACCAGAAGGACACAGAUGUUUUUGAGUGGACCAACACAAAGUCUGUGAGAUUUACUCACUGGAAUUCUGAAAUGCCAGGCAACCAUCAGGGUUGUGUUGCUAUGGCAACUGGGAGUUUUGCAGGCCUCUGGGAUGUGUUGCCUUGUACAAACAGGGAGAAGUACAUUUGCAAACAUUUGGUAGAGGGGGCUAUUGUAACUCCUGCCCCACCGACUGUUCCCUCCACCACAUGUGAAUUGGACUGGACUAAAAUCACUGCAAGAAAUUUCUGCUAUAAGGCAUUUUCAGAUUCUUCCGAUAGGAAAACAUGGUUUGAGGCCAGAGAUUACUGCAGAGCUAUUGGAGGAGAUUUGCUCAGCUUCCACAACGCCGAAGAACAGGACCUGGAAAAAAAAUGUGUUCCUUUUAGGUAUGAAAGCUUUUGGAUUGGACUUAGUGCCACUGACUCUGGAGCUGGUUUUGCGUGGAGCGAUGGAUCACCAGUUGAUUAUCAACAUUGGAGAAAAGGACAGCCAGAUACCAUGAACAAUGAGGAACUUUGUACUGAAUUUUAUCCCAAGUAUUUUGAAUACAAUUUUUGGAAUAAUGUUCAUUGUGAUCAAUACCAUUUAUGGAUUUGUCAGAUCCGUACAGGAGUCACUCCAAAGCCUCCUCCACCCACUCCCACUCCAGGUGAGUUUAACGUCACCUCUGAUGGUUGGCUGGAAUGGAAAGAAAACCAAUAUUUUUUCAAUAAAGAAAACUUGGCAAUGGAAGAUGCUCAAAAGUUCUGCAAACAGAAGCACAGUGACCUGGUAACCAUCAACAGUCAAGCUGAAAAUACCUUUUUGCGGCAACAGAUGAAAAGAAAUUCUUCCAACCUGUAUUUUGCUUCGUACUGGAUUGGUCUGACUCUAGAUUUUGACAAAACAAUUCAAUGGAUGGAUGGUUCUCCAGUGUUAUUUACACGAUGGUAUAUUGGCCAGCCUGAUUUCAGAAAUUUUGAUGAGAACUGUGUUGCCAUGCGGCAUUUAACUGGAUUUUGGCACGAUUUUAACUGUGGACAAGAAAAUCCAUCCAUUUGUAAGCGCAGUAAGUCACCACUUGCCAACACCACAAUGGUUCCUACAGUGUCCCCUAAAGGUGGCUGCAAAGAAAACUGGAAAAAACUGAACUCUAAGUGCUACAGGAUCAUAAACAACCAGAAUUUGACCUGGUUUGAUGCAAGAGAGCACUGCAAAGACAUGGGUGGAAACCUGGUCUCUAUUCCUUCAAGACAUGUGCAAGUGUUUUUAUUGUUUCAAAUGAGUACAGCACAGACAUCAGACCUGUGGAUUGGUCUCCAUAAUCUGUAUGAUUAUUGGUUUUUAUGGACUGAUGGACAGCCAAGGUCAUAUAUGAACCUUGAUAUGUCGGAGUCUGAUAACCAUUGUGCUGUGAUGAACACUAAUCCUUUAAUGGGUAUUGGCAUUUGGAUCGCAAAGUCCUGCAAUGACACUUAUGGAUUUAUAUGUAUGCAAAAUGUUGAUCAAUCACUCCCUGACUCUCCUGAACCAACACCUUCUACCAACUACGUCAAACUAUUUAAUGACUCAAUCAAACACAUCCCUCAACAAAUGAGCUGGGAUGCAGCCAAGAAGCACUGUGAAGAUGAUGGUGCAAAUCUGGCUAGUGUGCGUUCAGAGUGGACACAAGCUUACAUAGAGCUGCUGGCUAUGAAUUUCAAGACUCCUAUAUGGAUUGGACUCAACAAAGCUCAGACCAAAAACUAUUUCAGAUACAUUGAUGGCUGGUCCCUGAAAUUUGCUCAUUGGGAUAAAAAUGAACCAAGCCAAAACAAAACGUGUGUCUAUGUGGACGUGGAUGGAAAAUGGAAAACCGAUUUCUGCAGUCAGACCAUCAGCAGUGUUUGUAUGAAGUCUACAGAGGUACCACCAGAAGUAGAGCCAACUAAUUUCCCAGGAGUUUGUCCUGAAGACCCAGAAGAAAUUGAUUCAGGACGUCACUAUUACUGGAAACCUUUUAGGCGUCACUGUUAUAUAUUUGUCCUUGAGUCAAAUAGCUGGUCACAUGCAGCAGUCAGCUGUGCAACACAUGGUGGAAUGCUUGCCAGCAUUGAAGAUCCCAAUGAACAAGAAUUUAUAUACAGUAACAUCAAAACAUAUGAAGACAGAUACAAAUCGUUUUGGACUGGUCUUUUUAAAAAUCAUAAAGAUGCGUGGGUGUGGUUGGAUAAAACAGUCAUGGAUUACACUAUGUGGCAAACAAAUGAAAUUGAGGUUUUCUACUAUGGAAAGAUUCAUUCAUCAGAUGGAAGAUGGAGUGGGAGCAGUCCAUGGUAUUAUCAUCCGUAUAUCUGCAAAAGAGCAAAAGUCUCCCCAGAUGUUCAGGAAACAUCUGGCCGUAAACACAUUACUUUGGCAGUUGUGAUAAUCAUUGUUGGGUUUGCAGUGGGAACAAUCAUCUCCCUCUCCCUGUUCAAAAAGUCUGGCCAUUGUGUAUCCUUCCCUGCAACAUUAACUAACUUUGACAACCCACUGUUCUUCAGCAACAACCUCUCACAGCCUGAUUUAGUGGAUACCAAAAUACUGGUAGAAAAUCCAUAUGAAGAAAAUACUGAAACUGUAACUAUAUAA